UGAGCUAGAGAAGGCAGGAAGGGGCCACAAUUGGACGCGUCUUGCUCUUAACUCCAAACAGGUUCUGGCUAAAUGCUAAAAGAUCUUCGCUUGCAUCGUCGAAGAACCCCGAGCAUCCGGAUUGGACACCGACCAGAGAGCGUAACACCAUCCCCCGCUCCCCACCACCUCCGUCACCAUCAUUUUCAUCCCCUCCUCUUCUCUGUUGAGAAUUGCGUUAAGAAGGAAAAGGCCUGAUCUUUGUCAACAUUACCGGAUUAAUAUAUAUAUAUAUAUUUUAUUUUUGGACUCCCUCUCCCUCCUUUAGAUUAAGAGGAACCGUUGCAGGCUGGUGUAUGUGUUUAGAAUGGGACACGCUGAAGGUCCAGUCAAAGAAAAAGACAGUUAAGGAUGCAGGAGCCCAACAAUGGAUUUCUCCUUCUCUUUCAUGCAAGGGAUCAUGGGAAAUACAAUUCAGCAACCCCCUCAGCUCAUUGACUCAGCUAACAUCAGACAGGACGGCUCCUGCGACACCGGCAGUGACCCGGGUGAAGAUAGCGGUCCCUCUUACGAUGCUGCCCUGGAUGCAGAGUUUUCCUAUCCGCCAUCAGCCUCGGAGGACAUGCCACAGGUCCCGAAUGGCUUCCCCCCUGGUCUGGGCAUUUACGAGCCCCAGCCUAAGUUCUCCAUGUACUCACAGUUCCCCAAUGGCUCGGCUAAUGGCUACGGAGCGAUACGGAGCUACGGGGAACACGGCCUCCUGCCGGUGGAAGGAACCGUCCUGAGAGGACCUGGUCUCAAUGACAGACCUCUGUCUCCUGUGUCUCCCCCACUGCCCAUACAUCAUCCACACCUCCACCACCAUCCCCCCCACCACCACCACGCACAUCCCUUCCACUCGAACCCACCUCACAUACAGACCCACUCACACCGACAUAGUCCUCCCCCACCACCGCUGCCCGCCCAGCACCAACUGUCCCAGACGCCUCACAUCAUUAGCCACAACCUACCACCCUCUCAGUUGCUACACCUGCCUUCCUCCAGUCCUCCGCCCUCCCUAGUGGACAGUACUCCAUCUCAGCCAGCGCUUGCUCCAUCCAACACCCCAGGUGGGGUCCUGAAGAAAACCAGCUCUCCAGAGAUCAAGCUGAAGAUCAUUAAGACUUAUCAGAAUGGAAAAGAGUUGUUUGAGUCUGCGCUGUGUGGGGAUCUGCUGCAGGAGCUGCAGGAGUCUCAGAAGACCGAGGCCAAUCAGAUUCAACGCAGACACGAGAGGAAGAAGGAGAAGAGGAAAAAGAGCGCAAGGCUGCAGAUUCAGCAUCAGCAAACUAUUCAGGAGAGCCUAGAGCAAGCCGGUACCACGGCUCAGAUGGAGGAGACCCACAUCCAGCCGCAGCCAAGAGAACUGCGGCCUCAGAGUGAGCCGCUGCCGACACCGCCGCCGGUCCAUAUGGAGAUGCCUCAGAGGACCGUUAUUAAAACUGAACCGAAAACACCAAAGGUUCCUAAAGUCCAUCAUCCAUCAGUGAUCCAGGAGACGGGGUUCUGUAAGGAGUUUGUGAUUGGAGAUCUGGUGUGGUCCAAGGUGGGCACCUAUCCCUGGUGGCCCUGCAUGGUAUCCUCAGACCCACAGAUGAAGGUCCACACUCGCAUUAACACCAGAGGACAUAGGGAAUAUCAUGUCCAAUUCUUCGGCAGCGUUGCAGAGCGAGCCUGGAUCCAUGAGAAAAGGAUAGUCACAUACCAAGGGAAGCAGCAGUUUGAUGAGCUUCAGGCCGAGACGCUGCGCAAAGCCACAAACCCUGUGGAGAGGCAAAAACUUCUGAAGCCCAUCCCUCAGAGGGAGCGUACUCAGUGGGAAGUAGGUGUCGGACACGCUGAGGAUGCUUUCCUCAUGACACGGCAGGAGCGGAUCGACAACUACACCUUCAUCUACGUCGAUCCGGUCCCAGAAGAGGCCCCGCCUACCAAGAAGCCCAGCAUCAAGGCUGAGAAACGGAGCCGGCGCUCCAGCGGCUCGGUCAGUAAAAAAGAGGAGGUGAGCGUAAAAUCACCCAGCAGAGAGCAGCAACCACGGAGGCAGCUGCCACGGAGGCAGUGCAGCAUUUCCAACACAGAGGACAGCACAAACUCACAGCCCGUAGUGGAAGAGAAGAACCACAGGGGAGAACAACAGAAGAGGGGUUCUCCGAAGCCAAACACCGGCUCUGACGCAAAACAGGACUCUCCACCGCCGCCGGUCAGGCCAUGGAAAACGGCAGCUGCGAGGAAGCUGCUGCCUCUCUCAAUCACCAUGAAGAGGCUGAAUGUGGAGAUCACCAAGUGUGAUUGGCCCCUCUUGCAGAAAAACAUCACACCACCCCCAAAGAAAGAGGAAGAGAAGAAGGAGAAAGUGGAGAAAGAUACCAGGCAGCCUGACCUGGGAUACUGCUCACCUGAUCAGGACAGCAGAGUCAAACGUGAACCCAGUCCGGAGGAGGAUGAGGAAGAGGGGGACGAAGGUGAGGAAGAGAGCGAUGAGAGGAGAGGCUCCCCUGCAAGCAGGAGGAGCGAAUCAGCAAAUCAACAACCCUCUUCACCCGGAUCACCCAGCAGCAGUCCUCAAGGCUCUCAGGAGAGGAAGCCUCAGCGGCGGUCAGUCCGUAGCAGGUCUGAGUCAGAGAGAGGCGCCGAACCUGUCCCCAAGAAGAAAACCAAAAAAGAGCAGGCUGAGAUGGCUCCGGAAACUACGCUAAAGACGGGCUCACAGAAAGGAGCCAGUGAGAUCUCUGAUGCCUGCAAACCCCUGAAGAAGCGAAGCAGAGCCUCAACAGACGUCGAAAUGGCUUCAUCUCAGUACAGAGAUACCUCUGAUUCCGACUCCAGGGGUCUCAACGACCCACAGGGAUUAUUUGGGAAGAGCCUCGACAGUCCAGCUGCAGCAGAUGCUGAUGCUUCAGACACUCAGUCUGUGGACUCCGGUUUGUCCCGACAAGACAGUGGUGCGGGACAAAGAGACACGGUUUGCCAGAUCUGCGAGGUGUAUGGGGAGGGCUUAGUGGUGUGUGAGGGUGACUGCAACAGACAGUUCCACCUGGAGUGUCUGGGCCUGUCGUCGCCUCCAGAGGGCCGAUUCACUUGCAGUGAAUGUAGAAAUGGCAAUCAUCCUUGUUUUAGCUGUAAAUCAGUGGACCCAGAGGUGACUCGCUGCUCCGUGUCUGGAUGCGGAUGCUUCUACCACGAGGAUUGUGUGCGUAAAUUGCCAGGCACCACCAGCGGUUCUGGUGGAGGCUUCUGCUGCCCUCAGCACAGCUGCUCAACCUGCUGCCUGGAGCGGGACGUCCAGAGAGCCAGUAAAGGCCGUCUGAUUCGUUGCAUCCGCUGCCCGUUGGCCUAUCACCCCAGCGACGGCUGCCUGGCUGCUGGCAGCGUCAUCCUCACCCAUCACAUCAUGAUCUGCAGCAACCACGGCAGCGCCAAGAAGAACGGCCUCCUCUCCUCCCCCGUCAACGUGGGCUGGUGCUUUCUGUGUGCCAGAGGGCUGUUAGUGCAAGACCUUACUGACACCAUAUUAAGUUCAUAUGCCUAUAAGUCCCACUACCUUCUGACUGAGUCAAAUCGUGCUGAGUUGAAAUUACCUAUGAUUCCCUCUCCUUCGUCAGCUACCAAAAAGAAUGUUGGGAAAGGAGGCAAGUUGCUGUGCUGCGAUUCAUGCCCAGCUUCCUUCCACCCGGAGUGUCUGGAGAUGGAGAUGCCAGAAGGUGCUUGGUCCUGCAGUGAUUGCAGGGCAGGGAAGAAGCCUCACUACAAACAAAUUGUCUGGGUCAAACUGGGAAACUACAGAUGGUGGCCAGCUGAGAUCUGCAACCCCCGCCUUGUGCCACCAAAUAUCCAGAGCCUUCGACACGACGUGGGCGACUUCCCGGUUUUCUUCUUCGGUUCCCACGACUACUACUGGAUCAACCAGGGCCGGGUGUUCCCAUACGUGGAAAAUGACAAGAGCUUUGUCACGGGUCAGAUCAAUAUCAACAAAACCUUCAAGAAAGCUCUGGAAGAAGCAGCUCGGAGGUUUCAGGAGCUCAAGGCUCAGAGGGAGAGCAGGGAAGCUCUAGAGCAGGAGCGCAACUCCCGUAAACCCCCACCAUACAAAUUCAUCAAGUCCAACAAACCAGUCGGUAAGGUACAGAUGCACGUGGCCGACCUGUCUGAAAUCCCUCGGUGCAACUGCAAACCAACAGAGGAGCAUCCUUGCAGCCUCGACUCCCAGUGUCUCAACCGCAUGCUGCAGUAUGAGUGUCAUCCACAGGUGUGUCCUGCAGGAGACCGAUGUGAGAACCAGUGCUUCUCCAAGCGGUUGUACGCAGAAACCGAGGUGAUGAAGACAGAGGGGUGCGGCUGGGGGCUCAGAACAAACCAAGCGCUCCGAAAGGGUGACUUUGUAACAGAGUACGUGGGAGAGGUUAUAGACUCGGAGGAGUGCCAGCAGCGAAUCAAACGGGCCCACGAGAAUCACGUGACCAACUUCUACAUGUUGACUCUUACCAAGGACCGUGUGAUAGACGCCGGCCCAAAAGGAAACUCAUCUCGGUUCAUGAACCACAGCUGCAGCCCCAACUGUGAAACCCAGAAGUGGACGGUCAACGGAGACGUCCGCAUUGGGCUCUUCGCCCUCUGUGACAUCGAGGCCGGCACGGAGCUGACCUUCAACUACAACCUCCACUGUGUGGGCAACAGGAGGAUGUCGUGUCACUGCGGAUCUAACAACUGCUCGGGAUUCCUCGGGGUGCAGCCAGCGAGUGCUGUUGUGAUGGAGAAGGAGGAGAAGGCCAAAACCGCCAAGCUGAAGCCAAAGAAGCGGAAGCUGCGGCCAGAGGGCAAACACACACACGAGUACUUCUGUUUCUGCUGCGGGGAAGGUGGAGAGCUGGUGAUGUGUGACAGGAAGGAUUGUCCAAAAGCGUAUCAUCUGCUGUGUCUCAACCUCACCAAACCACCAUACGGACGCUGGGAAUGCCCGUGGCACAGCUGCAGCAUAUGCGGCGCCUCUGCCUCAUCUCUAUGUGACUUCUGCCCGCGUUCGUAUUGCCGGGACCACGAGGCGGGGGCGCUCACCCCCUCCUCUCUGGACGACCGCCUCUGUUGCUCCAACCACAAUCCACUCAGUCCACUCGGCUCCGGCUCGACAGAGCCACGCCGCUUCGAUGGGAGCCCCGUCGAGGAGGAGUCUGAGGGAGGGCGGCCGGCUAAAGAUUGAAGCCCCAACUUUCACUAUACCUCAUUCCCAGCGAAGUGCUCUCUGAUAUCUGCAGCAGUGCACUCCCCUAGGGGGAUACAGUGUAUUUUUGUUUUUCUGUUUGUUUUUUUUUUAUAUGGUGCAAUGGCUGCUGUUGGCAGCUGGGACACGCUGAUGAUGAACACCCUGAUGCUGUUGGCAGUGAGAUCAGAGCGAUCCAAGGAACCACAGGGAAAGGUGACCCUGCACAUUCGUGCGCUGUUUUUCUCUCCUCUCUUGCCAUUAAGAGACUAGUAUGGUAGUUACACUUUCUGCAGCUCGCCUGUGCCCAUCUGAGGGUGCAGACCGUGUGUUGUUUUUGUUUUUUUUCCCCUGUAUUUUCAUUAUUUUUACCGCUGUAGAGUUCACACAGAACUGUGAAAAUGUAUAUAACCUCCUUCACUGAUUUCUUCUGUUUUCGCUUGAACAAAAUCUAAUAUCAGUUUGAAUACAAAACCAGAUUUUAAGUUAUUUGAUGAUUGAAAGUUAAACAGCUGUCCAAGAGUAAUUAUCCUCCAAAAUGUAAUGGUUGUGCCAGAAUCUUUUUUCGAAAUCUCCAUUAUCUUAUUGUUUUAAUUCCUCUGCUUUGGUUUUUGAGUAUUAGCUACCUCUUUAAAAUGAUACUACAUUAUCAAAAAGAGGUUCAGAUUUUGACCACGACACUCUAGAAAUUUUUUUGACUAGCUUCCCUUUUUGUGCCAUAUAAAAGCGAUAAGCGAGUUUUUACCCAUGUGCAGUCAAUUCUGGGAGGCUUCGCAGCUAUCAUGAGUUGUUUUUUUGUUUUUCUCAUAUUGCUUUCACUGUUUUUCAGUGGAGUAUAAAAUCUUUAGAAUCAGCUUUAUAACCAUUAUCAGUAACUGAACUAGAAUUACUUAAGAUCGAGGCAUGAUGCAUUUUUUGUUUCCAAUAUUUUAGCCUACUUCAAGCUGUCAGACUGGUUCAAUUUAAGGGAUUUAGGUAUUUUACAGGUGUGUCGGUCUGUAGGGAUCUUUGUGGUGGGUAAAACUAAACGCAGCUUUAAUAAAUGUUUGGUUAAUAAUAGAUCAUUCAGGAUUUAUCCAAGUGGGGCAGUAUGCCUUUACAUGGAUAAAGGAUGCUGCCAGUAGCUGUUUCUUCGCCCUCAAUAAAUGAAAUCAUCAUUGGAAAACAUUUUUUUUUUUAUUAUUAUUUACUGGAUUAUUUCGGCUUGAUUUUUAAAAUUAGUUUAAGCCAGCACAUGUUAAAUGCGAAGACAAAAGAAGCCUGUAAAGGGGGCCAAUACGGUUUCACAGUCCUGCUAGCGUUGCCACUUUGAAGAUCUCAUAGGUCAGAGAGGAAGAGGGGAGGUGCCAAGUCGAACCAUGCUGCUCUCCUCCCCCCCGUUUCGCUGCUGUACGCCGCAUAAAGGAUCUUGUUACGAUGAAGACGAGGCAGCUCUUCCUCAUCACCCCCACAGUCCCCCAUUCUAUUACUACUACUUCUAUCUUGUUGAAAAGAACUCAGAAAAAUGACCAAAUUUGUGCAAUUUAACAUUUUUCUUUAGUUUUUUUGUUUUGUUUGUUUUUUAGAGUGGGUGGGGGAUGUUUUCCAGAAUCACACUACAUUCCAACCUUCCUUAAACAUCCUUUUCUAAUAUACUUAUGGGGUAUAGAUGAAUAUAAUUAAAUACAGUAUCUAUGUUUGUUAAUGUUUACAGACAGAUUUCUCUCACUUCAUCUUGGUGAGUGGUGUAUUACGUUUGUUUGUUUCGGUGUUGAACAUUACGCAGACCUCUUUGUGAAAAUAGUCCUAUUAAGGUGAAAUAUAAUGGUAUAUAGUGUAAUGGUAUGACAUUACAGAAGUACUUGUGAUUUCAUAUUGCCAGUCCCACUCGCCAUUGUGUACAUAAUUGGCUCACCAUAUUAUAAAGUACUUAAAAAAAUCUGGAGGGUGAAGGCUCUCAUGAUGCAACAUCCUGUUUUGGGUUUUUUAUGAUCUUGUGUCUUUUGAUUCUUUUUCAUGUUCUCUGUAUAGGAAUUGGAGGGGGGCCCAGCUUGUGAUCACUGGUGCUGUUGAUUCAAGUUUGAUUUGUUUUAUUUUUUGGGCUGCUGGGGUGCAGAGCAUUUCGGUAAUUUCAUUUCACCAGUGUACUGUGUUUCUGUUUUUGUUUUUGUUUUUUGCCAAACCUAUGAAAAGCACUUUCACAUGGGCAGACAGAAAUACAGACAUGACUGAGUAUUUCAAAAACGAUACCUCUUCUUGUUGUAACAUUGGAAUUGAAUCUCUGUUAGAAACAUUGUGAAUGCUACGUCUUCUUUUGCUUUCUUUUUUAACUAAAGUGGCCUAAUUGUGGUUAGAGGUAAGGGAGGGGGGGCACAAAUGGAAAUAAACUGCCACCCCUGCUUUGGAGUAAGAGGAGAGAAAAAAAAAAGUCCUCCAGAGGCACUUUUUUUUUUUGUUUAUUUCAUGAAGAAAUGGUAUAACAAAAAAAAAAUAAAAAAAUCCAGUCCAGUAUGAUGUAUAAACACAAACUUCUGUACAGUGUUUUUAAAUCCCUCAUCAAGUCGAAACUAAAGUUUUUGUAUUUAUUGCACCACAUUUUAUACUGAUUCAGUUCAUUUUUGUUUUCAAACACCACUGCAGUAACUUGUCUCUCUUCCCACCUAGGUUUCACAAACACAGCCAUUAAAAUAAAGGUAAAAUGUUAAAAAAAAAAAAAAAAAAAGACUCACACACAGGGAGUUUUAUGUAUUCCGGCUGUGUCUGAGCAUCUUUCUUACAUUUGCUGUAAUGAUUCCACAUUUGGUGACAGCAGCUGACGACUCGCUGUGUUCUAAAGCAGUUCAGUAUUGGAACGUCAGGUUUAGUCGUGACAAACGUAAUCGUGAGGGGAUGAAAGGAUUUUCUGUAAUUGUGUCUCUCUGCUUUGCUUUGUUUUGUUCCAUUAACGGUUGAGGUCAGAGGGGGGUAAAAGUGCCAAUCAUGAUCUUUUCACUUUCUUUAAAGUGUCUUUUAAUACCAAGACCAUAUGUGCUCUUUUGUUGUCUUUCAGCAGCACUGGUUUCAUUUAAGUAAAAUGUUUAAAAAAAAAGAAAAGUUAUUUGGGGAUUUUUUUUUUCCUUCAGUAAUUGACUACACUCUUAUUUCUGCCCAUUUUUAUGUUGCUCAAGUUAAUUAAGACUAGAAUAAAUCCCAGAUGCUUGUAGCUGACCUGAAAACACGUUCGCGAUGUGAGUUUAAAAAUAUAUAUAUUAAAAUUGAAAGAUUGUUUUUUUUGUUUUUUUUUCUAAUGGACUAUUUUGCUUGGCUGUAAUAGUUUUUUUUUUAUUUUUAUGGUAUAUUACUUAAUUUCUCUCACUUUAAAAAUGUUUCCAGAUAUCAUUAAACCCCAGAUUGUGAUAUCCAUUAGAGGUUUCAAAUAUUCACCUCAAACAGAAUAAGCUGACUAUAAUUAGAAAUAUAAGGAAAUUACUCUUUUAGUUUAGGUUAAUGAUAAAAUUCUGAUCCAAAGAACUGAAAACAAUUAGUUUUUCUAACCUGCUGUUUUUAUUUUUUAUUUAGCUUCAUUCAGUGCAUCAUUGAGGCACUUUCCUUUGCAAACUUUAAACUUGAUCUUUAUCUCUUUGUGUUUCUCACAGGCUUUCUUUGCUUUCUUGUUGUUUCAGAAACUGUCUUCUGAUUCCGUGUCUUAUUCUCAUUGAAGCUUGUGUUUUUGUUGUAGCUGAAUGUUGCUCAAGUGACGCGCAUACUUCCAAACCCGAGGACAGAUUGAUGCCAACGUUUUUCAUAUAUUGGUUGUUGGUUUUGUUUUGACUUUCACCACAUUGCACAGAGAUUCUGCAAAACAAACAAACCCGAACUGCCUUUAUUGUUUUUUGUUGCACCUGUGGAUCGCAUGAUCAUGCUUGCUUAUUUGUGCCGGUUGGUCUUCUUCAGCCCUGCUGAGCUGAUGCAACUGAAGUAUUACUGCUUUAAUUGUUUCUAUUUUUUCCACAUUUAUUUUGAUGUUGCCUAUUCUAUGCUUUCUAUUGCUUUCCUUUAAGUGACCCUUGACUCUCUAAGGAAGAUUUUGGUUUCUUUUCUAGAAAGGACCCCCCACCCCCCUCUUUGUUUGUCUAAAGGCAUGUUUUUAGUUCACUGUGACGUCUUACUUUGUGCAAUGUUGGGCCGUCUGUCAGUGAGGUCUGACCUGACAUGCUGUCAAAUAGUGUUGGAAUAAAUGAAUAUUUUCACCUGCAUAAGCACUCAUGUUUUUUACUCAUAGAAAACCUAUUCACAGUAACUCUGACUGGGGGUCAUAUCUAUCUCUCCAGAUGUUGCUUCGGAUAAACCGCGGAGGAACACACAUCGCCAUGUUAACUACCUGUGUUACUGCAUACCACACAUAGUCGAGAAACUUGUAAAUACUUUGCAUUGGAUUUGCAUAGACUCAUGUUACUGUGGUGUGCUUUUUUUCUCAGUUUGUUUUGCCUGUAAAAUUCUGCUUCUAUAUGUGUGUGACUGUUGAGAAGACACUCUUCUUUUUGUACAUGACCUGUCUUUUUAUUUGGGGAUAUUGAUUCUGUCCUUUUUCAUUCUGAAAUUGAGUUUGAAGAGUUCAGACAUGCCUGAAGUUUGACUUUAAUAAAGCUGUACUCUGUCUCAGUGAAA